UGCCACUUCCCAAUGAUCUGCAGAGGCGCAGCAGCUACAGUACUGCGAGAUAGAAACUUGUUUCUCAGCCUAAUCACCAAGGCUGCUAACCUCCCUCAACUCACCCAAACUCACGCUCAAUUGAUCCUCAACGGCCUUAGCAACGACCUAAUAGCCGUAACGAAGCUAACCCAGAGGUUCUCUGAUCUCAAUGCCAUAGCUCAUGCCAAGCUCAUCUUCAACGCCUUCAAUUGCAUCAGCCCUCCUGAUCUAUUUCUCUACAAUGUUAUCCUCAGAGGGUUCUCUCAGAACAACUCGCCCUUUGAUUCUCUCUCCAUGUACCUCCGCCUUCGCGGGAAAACGAAACUUAUACCCGAUAAUUUCACGUACUCGUUCGUUGUUUCGGGUGUUUCUUCAUCUGGGUAUGAGAAGUUUGGGGUGUUGCUCCAUGGGCAUGCAAUCGUUUCCGGGUAUGGCUCGGAUUUGUUUGUUGGGUCUGCUUUGGUGGAUAUGUAUAUGAAUUUCGAGAGAAUUGGUCAUGCGUGCAAGGUGUUUGAUGGAAUUACUGGUCCGGAUACUGUGGUUUGGAACACCAUGGUCUCUGGGCUGGCGAGGAAUUGUUGUUUUGAUGACGCAGUUCGGGUUUUUCGCAAUAUGGUUGUGAGUGGGACUCCAUUUGAUUCUACUACGUUGUCAGUAGUUCUUACAGCUGUGGCUGAGCUGCAGGCAUUGAGGCUGGGGAUGAUGGUUCAUUGCCUGGCUGUAAAGGCUGGGUAUCAUUUUCAUGAUUAUGUGAUUACAGGGUUGAUUUCAGCCUAUUCAAAAUGUGGGGAUGUUAAAACUGCAGAGAUGUUGUUUGAACAAAUUAGAAAACCAGAUUUGAUUUCAUAUAAUGCAAUGAUUGCUGGGUUUUCCUGUAACAGUGAGAUUGAAUCUUCGGUGAGGCUAUUCAAUAAAUUGCUUCUUUCAGAGCAGAAAGUUAAAUCUAGCACUAUUGUUGGUUUGAUUCCAGUGUAUUUUCCAUUUGGUCAUCUAGAUCUUAGUUGUUCAAUACAUGGUCUUUGUUUGAAAACAGGGAUGAUUACAAAUCCAUCAGUUUCUACUGCACUGACUACGGUUUAUUGUCGCCUGAAUGAAAUCGAAUCAGCUAGGCAGCUAUUUAAUGAAUCCCCAGAGAAAAGUUUGGCUUCUUGGAAUGCUAUGAUAUCGGGAUAUACACAAAAUGGUCUGACAGAAAUGGCAAUUUCUCUCUUUCUUGAAAUGCAAAAGUUAGAUAUCCAUCCCAAUCCUGUCACAAUCACAAGUAUACUUUCAGCUUGUGCUCAACUUGGAGCUCUAAGCAUUGGAAAAUGGGUCCAUGAAUUGAUAAACAAGGAGAAUUUUGAGUCCAACAUUUAUGUUCUAACUGCUUUAGUUGACAUGUAUGCAAAGUGUGGAAGCAUUGACAAGGCUCGGCAAUUAUUUGAUGCUAUGCUGGAGAAAAAUGUAGUCACUUGGAAUGCCAUGAUUUCUGGUUAUGGCCUACAUGGAUAUGGCCGUGAAUCAUUAAUGCUCUUUGAUAAAAUGCUUGGUUCUGGAGUUCACCCAACCGGAGUUACUUUUCUUUCUCUACUUUAUGCUUGCAGUCAUGCUGGUUUGGUAGUAGAAGGUGAGAAUGUUUUCUAUUCCAUGGUUCAUAAUCAUGGCAUUAAGCCCUUGUCUGAACAUUAUGCUUGCAUGGUAGACCUCUUAGGUCGAGCUGGGAAACUAGAAAAGGCCCUGGACUUCAUAAACAAGAUGCCUGUGGAGCCUGGUCCAGCAGAAUGGGGUGCUCUGUUAGCUGCUUGCAUGAUCCACAAGGACUCUAAUCUUGCUCAAUUGGCCUCUGAAAAGUUGUUUGAAUUGGAUACUGAGAAUGUUGGGUACUAUGUACUUCUAUCAAAUAUAUAUUCUGCAGACCGCAACUAUCCUCAGGCUGCUUCAGUAAGGCAAAUGGUUAAAAAGAGAAAGCUAGCUAAGAUCCCCGGAUGUACUCUAAUUGAAGUUGAUGGCCACCCAUAUGUCUUUAAAUCUAGUGACCAAUCACACCCUCAAUCUUCUGCCAUUUAUGCAAAGCUCGAGGAAUUGAUGGAAAAGAUGAGGGAGGCUGGAUUUCAGGCGGAGACCAGCAUAGCAUUGCAUGAUGUGGAAGAGGAGGAAAAGGAGUUAAUGGUUAAAGUUCAUAGUGAGAAGCUAGCCAUUUCGUUUGGGCUUAUAACUUCUGAACCAGGAACUGAGAUCAGGAUAAUCAAGAACCUAAGGGUCUGCAUUGAUUGCCAUAAUUUCACUAAAUUUAUUUCCAAGAUCACUGGGAGAGUUAUUGUUGUGAGGGAUGCCAAUAGGUUUCACCAUUUCAAAGAUGGAACAUGUUCUUGUGGAGAUUAUUGGUGAAAGAGUCUUUCUCUCUUUUGAACUCUUAAGAGGAUUGGAAUCUGCAGAUGUUCAUACCAUUGAUGAUUUUGAUAUUAGAGGAAUUGAGAUUCAAGCCAUCUUAAAAUGCAAAGUUCAAUCUAAGUUUUCCCAGAUGAAAUUUUGCUCAGGUGGCCAGUUGAUUAUCAUCUGCUGACUCUGUAAGCGGCUUCAAAGUAGUACAAUUUGAAGAUAUUUCCCAUACUAGAACCAUGAGGGCAUUCAUAGCACCAGCUUUUUUGUGAUGCUGGAAGCCUGGCCUCUUCUCACGAGAUACAUAAACAAGGCGAGGAAGCUCAUUUCCUUCCACAUCAGGUCCUCCACUUUGGCCCAAAAAAACUUGGAUCAUGCCAGGAUGGUCCCUCGUAUUAUUUCCUGGCCAAGGUGUUCCAUCUUGCAUGAUCCACCCUCCCGGAGGAACUUUAGUGGCUUUUGCAACGAGUGCAUUAAUUCUAACCUUGAACUCUUCAUAUUCUCUCUGUAUGCAAAAGAUAUGUCAUUGCCAACUGAGAAAUAUCUCUCUGAAAUGAGAUGAAGUGUUUCAAAAAGUGAAAAAGUGUGUACCUUCAUUGCUCGUCUAUCCUUGACAAAUGUUGCCUGAACUUUGUCCUUGAGGUAAUCUAUUUUCUGAGAGAAGUACAUCUCUGGUGCUCGUGGCUCUAUGGCAAACUUUUUGCAGAAGGGAACCCAUUUGCGGGCAAAUUCAGCAGUUUCGGACAGUGAUUCAAAGAUCAAAGAUAUCUCUCACCUGAAAGAAAGACGGUCAAGGUAGGUCUCGCGGUCAAUGGGGAACCAUUUGGGGAACUGAUCAAGGAUCCAGGAGAAGGCAAACCAGAUCUCACAUACUAUGGAAGUUAGCCAGAGGCCAAUGGCAUCAUGAACAGGGUUGAGGAUUCGAUAGCGGAGGAAGAGAGCUAAAAUCACCAGCCUGGCCACAAUCACCAUCCGCUCAUUUCGAUUAUGAGAACCAGCAACGAGCCCCGCGCUGGCUUCCAUGGUAGAGAAUGGAGGAGAGGAGCUUUGGGUGAAUGAAUGGUGAAUGGUGAGAAUGGUAAGGUGAUCUUAAAGAAGGAAGGAUAUGGAUGGGAGGGUAAUAUGUAUGUAUAUUUUGUAGUGUCUCUUUCUGAAUGCCUUUCUUGUACCUAAUGUGUCAAUGUUUAGGGAGGUGAGUUGGGUGUAGAGUCCCCAUUGCCUUAGCUUCAAGUUAAGCCUCCCCACUGCCUACUGUAUCAACCCACCAACAUACCCAUGCCCAUUCCUCUCUGCCAGUUUUUGGUUGGUUGGUUGUCUAUUUCAUUUAUUUUUUUCCGGAA